AUGGUGUUCCCCUUAACAUUGUUAAAAUGUUCUCAAAAUCAACCCGUGAUGGUUGAGCUAAAAAAUGGAGAAACAUACAGUGGCUUCCUCGUAGUUUGCGACCGUUUCAUGAAUUUACAUAUGAAAAAUAUAAUAUGCACAUCAAAGGACGGGGACAAAUUUUGGAAAAUUUCAGAGUGUUAUGUCAGGGGGAAUAGUGUUAAAUAUAUUCGAGUCCAAGACCAGGCCAUAGAACAAGCCAUUGAAGAAACCAACGAACAAAAAGCAAGAAGCAUGGGUAGAGGGCGCGGAGGAAGAGGUAGGGGUCGAGGCUCUAUCAGGGGUACAGAUAGUCGGGGUGGUAGAGGGGGACAAAUGCGAGGAGCUGGAGGUGGAGGUGGAAGAAGGGGAUACUAA